UCAUGCUGCUGCCAGGUCCAGAGUCUCUCAUGGGUCCCUGUACGGCCUCCCAUUGCUGCUGUCUCCAUCGCCACACUCUGCCAUGUGCCACUUUCAGGUCUCCUCACACUGCUGGUGUGUUCCAUUUUUUUGUCAUAGGGUGCUGGCAGAUUACGGGCCUCCCAUAGCUGCUGCCAGGCCCCUAAUCUGCCAUGGGCCCCUGUACCGCCUCCUCAUGCUGCAGCCAGGUCCACAGUGUCUCUCAUGGGUCCCUGUACGGCCUCCCAUUGCUGCUGUCUCCAUCGCCACACUCUGCCAUGUGCCA